AUGCUUGCCCUGAUAAGGAGCUUUCAUCGAGGCAAACGUCUGAAACGCCUAGUUAUUAUAUCUCUCCCGAUUUUACUAUUUGUUUUUUCGUUGCAGUUUGCAGAAAAAUUGGCGUUUCUGAGGUCACAGUCAUCUGAUGCGAUAAUCAACAGUCUAUAUGCGAAAGUUCAUGAUAAUGAUAACGACUCGACCAUAACACUGAGCAAUGAUGACGUGUGUUCAGAAUAUUUCCAGUCGCUAUUUUCGAGAAAUAAUCAAUGGGGAAUCAGAGGCUUUGGGGAUAGCAGAACAUCUUAUUUUUCCAAGAAACGUGUGAUCAACUCAAUUAAGCAUUUGGGGAUCUACAGCCAUUGUUUCAUCAAAAAUUCAGCACCGCACGGAGAUUUAGAUUUCGACAAAUUAGAACGCAGGGCUAUUUCCGGCUUUCACACGCGAGCUACCGACAUUCAACAGAUGGGACGGCUACUCAGUUGAAGGUUUCCCCAAUCUAGACAAACUCCGGACGGCUGAACCAAAGAUUAUGACGGAAGGAGGACGUCGCUAAGACCGUUUUGGAGACAUGUAAAAGACACCAUGAAGGAAGGGAAUUGUCAUUAGUAUAGGGGAAGGCGGUGUCGACGAAGUCAAAAGAUUGCUCAAGGUUUUAAGAGUUUUGCAAAACACACUGCCCAUUCAACUUGUGCACAAGGGUGACGUUUCAGCCUCAUCAAUGCAAGAUAUUAUAACUGUAGGAAGAGGCAGCGUCAGUGUUGAAAAAGAGGAUCGCGUAGGCGAGCUUGGGUAUCCCCAAGACAUUUUGGUUUGUAAAUGCGGAAAGGUCGAUAACAGAUGGUAGCUUAAACAUCUUCGAACGCUUUUCCAACAAAUGGAUAGCUUCCUUGUUUAAUUCUUUUGACGAAAUGAUUUUGAUGGAUUCGGAUUCUGUUCCAUUUGUCAACCCAGAAACUCCUUUCGAUGAGGUAGGAUAUAGAGAGACGGGAGCAUUCUUUUUUAGGGACCGGCCACUUGACGAAUUUAUCAAACCCAGUGAUGUGAAAUUCUACAAAAAGCUGUUACCAUUGGAAAAGGAGCGCUCUGUUUUCAGAAUGCCACAUUUAACAAAGUUCACCAGUCAAAAUGAAAUGUUGAAACUAGGCUAUAAACAUCUAAUGGAGAGUGGUGUGGUACUAAUGAAGAGAAAGAGCCAUUUACCUGGUCUAUUGAUAUCCUCUACCAUGCAGCUAUGGAAAGAAACAAGCGAGCCAGUCUAUGGCGACAAAGAACUAUUCUGGUUGGGACAGUCAAUAUCAGGCAGCGAAGAGUAUCGCUUUAACAAACAUGCGGCUGGCGCGCUAGGUAUCUUGAAACAAGAUGGCGCGGGCAAUAAAGACUACAUUUGCUCAACUCAACCAACUCACUUCAACGAGCAGUUUAAACUACUUUGGGCUAACGGGGGACUACGAAAUUGCAAAAAGGCAUCGUGGGAGAUAGAAUUUCAUAAAAUCAAGCCUCUUAAAGAAACACACAAGUCUGUGGAAGAAUUGAAAAAAUACUACGAAUCUCCGCUAAUAGCGAAUGGGGCAAUAAUACUACGUCGCUCUAGUCUUUCCCUUUUUCAAAAAUUGAGAGAAACGAAAACUGGAUUUCAAAAGCGUCUUAGUAUGGGAUGCUGUGGCUACGUAUGGUGUGCAUACUACGAUCCAAAUGAGAGUGAAGGGCAUUUGAUUCACUUUAAUGAUAAAGAAGUAAAUAGCAUCAACUUCCUCGCAAAAGUGUGGAGCUCUGCGUAG